CUGCUGGGUCUCUGAAGAGGCAAACUGCACAUCUUGCCGCGCGCGGCCUACCUUUGUGCAGCCAUUCACUCGUCUAUAAAAUGUUCUGCGCGUACAAAAGCAGCGGCUGAGGGGACAGCUCUGGGCGAAGAGUCCCGGGAGCCCGCGCCUUCUCCAGCGGGACCACGCGGCUAACCCUGCCUGGGAAACUAACGCAGAGUUCCUAAGAGCCCCAAACUCUCUGGUCUCGUCGCAGCGUGCUCCCCACCUCCAGACCCCCAGCCAAGCCGCAAUGAAGAGCUUUUCACAGUGAAAGGAAAAUAGGUCGCACCCAUUAAUUAAAAAUGCCUUUGAGGGACAAAUACUGUCAAACCGACCACCACCAUCACGGAUGCUGCGAACCAGUUUAUAUCCUGGAGCCUGGAGAUCCUCCUUUGUUACAGCAACCAGUACAGACAUCCAAAUCCGGUAUUCAGCAAAUAAUUGAGUGCUUUCGAUCAGGAACCAAACAACUUAAACAUAUUUUAUUAAAAGAUGUGGACACUAUUUUUGAAUGUAAAUUAUGCCGUAGUCUCUUUAGAGGAUUACCAAAUUUAAUUACCCAUAAAAAAUUUUACUGCCCACCAAGUCUCCAAAUGGAUGACAAUCUUCCUGAUGUAAAUGAUAAACAAAGCCAAGCCAUAAGUGAUCUCCUAGAAGCCAUAUAUCCAAGAGUGGACAAGAGAGAAUAUAUUAUUAAGCUAGAACCCAUAGAAACCAACCAAAAUGCAGUGUUUCAAUAUAUUUCAAGGACUGAUAAUCCUGCUGAAGUGACAGAGUCGAGCAGUACCCCUGAACAAACUGAAGUUCAAAUACAGGAGACAAGCUCAGAACAGCCGAAAGCAGUGCCCGAGGCAGACACAGAGGUGGAGGAGGCCAUAGAGCCUCCUCCUGUGGAGACUGUUGCCGAUGAAGCCACAGCCCCCACCGAGGAGCAGCCUCAGGAAUCACAGGCUGACCUGGAGACAUCUGACAGCUCUGACCUUGGCCACCAGUUGAUAUGUUGUCUUUGUAGAAAAGAAUUCAAUUCUAGACGAGGUGUACGUCGUCAUAUUCGAAAAGUACACAAGAAAAAGAUGGAGGAACUAAAAAAAUACAUCGAGACCCGGAAGACUCCAAACCAGUCUUCCAAAGGACGCAGUAAGAGUGCUCUAGUUUCAUUAAGUAGGAGUUGUCCAGUUUGUUGUAAAUCAUUUGCUACAAAAGCGAAUGUAAGGAGGCAUUUUGAUGAAGUUCACAGAGGACUGAGGAGGGAUUCAAUUACUCCUGAUAUAGCGACAAAGCCUGGGCAACCUUUGUUCCUGGAUUCCGCUUCUCCUAAAAAAUCUUUUAAGACUCGAAAACAAAAGUCUUCAAAGGCUGAAUACAAUUUAACUGCAUGCAAAUGCCUCCUUUGCAAGAGGAAAUACAGUUCACAAAUAAUGCUUAAGAGACAUAUGCAAAUUGUUCACAAGAUAACUCUUUCUGGAGCAAACUCUAAAAGAGAGAAAGGCCCUAAUAAUACUGCCAACAGUUCAGAAGUAAAAGUUAAAGUCGAGCCAGGAGAUUCUGUAGAGUCUUCGCCCCCUUCCAUUACCCAUUCUCCACAGAAUGAACUAAAGGGAACAAAUCAUUCAAAUGAAAAAAAGAACACACCGGCAACACAGAAAAAUAAAGUUAAACAGGACUCUGAAAGCCCUAAAUCAGCUAGUCCUUCAGCUGCAGGUGGCCAGCAAAAAACCAGGAAACCAAAACUUUCAGCUGGCUUUGACUUUAAGCAACUUUACUGUAAACUCUGUAAACGCCAGUUUACUUCCAAGCAGAACUUGACUAAACACAUUGAGUUGCACACAGAUGGAAAUAACAUUUAUGUCAAGUUCUAUAAGUGUCCUCUCUGCACUUAUGAAACUCGUCGGAAACGUGAUGUGAUAAGACAUAUAACUGUGGUUCAUAAAAAGUCAUCUCGUUACCUUGGGAAAAUAACAGCCAGUUUAGAGAUCAGAGCUAUAAAAAAGCCAAUUGAUUUUGUUCUAAACAAAGUGGCGAAAAGAGGCCCUUCAAGGGAUGAAGCAAAACAUAAUGAUUCAAAACACGAUGGCACUUCCAAUUCUCCUAGUAAAAAGUAUGAAGUAGCUGACGUCGGUAUUGAAGUGAAAGUCACAAAAAACUUUUCUCUUCACAGAUGCAAUAAAUGUGGAAAGGCAUUUGCCAAAAAGACUUACCUUGAACAUCAUAAGAAAACUCAUAAGGCAAAUGCUACCACUUCACCUGAAGGAAACAAAACCAAAGGCCGAAGUACAAGAUCUAAGGCUCUUGUCUGCCUGGCGAAGCCAUCGCCCCGCAGCGCCGCCAUCCUGCGCCCGCCCGCGGGCGCCGUCACCACGCGCCAGGCCGCCUCCAGCUGCCGCGCCAAGCUCCGCGGCGCCGCCAGGGAGCGCCAGCACGCGGCGCGCGCCCUCGGCAGGUCGGCCGCCCCGUGACGCCGCCGCGCGCCCCCGCGGCCGCGCGCACUGCCGUACCUCGGGCGCCCAGGUCGUCUGCAGACCCUGCAUCCACGGCCGCCUUGGCGUCUUCCCCGGUCGGAGCUCCUCAGCCGGCCCCCGCUGCCGCAGCCUGCCCUGCCUCUCCGGACGCCUUGCUCCGUGCAGCGCGUUUCUUCAGCCUGCGUGCAAAAUCCUGGCUUCUUUGACAACCUCACCUCACAAGAUUCUGUUUCCCUAUUUCUAGUAACGACUCUGUUCCCACUCAGAUUCUUUCCAUAAUUAGUUCUUCAAAGCCAGCUUCGUUUUCUUCAUUAAGUUCUCAGCAAGCUCCACUUCCCACUCCCAUCUGCCAGAAGAUUUUAAUUGUCCAAAUUCUCUGGGGUGGCUAACAAACCCAGAGUUGUAUCAUGCACAUCUGUAAUUGAACUCAAAUGUUAGGCUUUCCCCUUCCUGUAACUUCAGCUCCAAUAGCCUUUCCUCCCUGUGGAUUCAGUCCUUGUUUCCAAGGACCUUAGCCUAUCAUCCUUAGAAACUGGAUCGUCUCUAGAAUAAUGUCACUAGUGAUCACAGGAAUGUGCCUUUUCAUAUCUGCUCCAGGAAGGCUGGUUGGCUGAGUCCCUCUUGUUUUCCCAGGCCCUCCGCCCUUGGCUUUACUUUGAGGUCUGACUUCUCUUGGGCUUAUCCCAGUGACUGAACACAGCCAAAGUAGCCAUGGUGGCCCAUUCAUGUGACAUACAUUGUCCCUCGAUGAACUCUUUUGGGGUGUUCAACCCUUGGCUGAAGCUUUCUUUGGACUGCUGGCUUCAGUCUGUAGCUCCUCUUGCCUUUCAUAGGUACCUCAAACCUGCGUUACGGCAUGAAGGCUCUUUUCUCCCCUCUUGCUUUCUUUUGUCUUUCUCAGGUGUCCCCUCAACACAACUGCUGCACAGUGACCUUUGUCUUGGUGUCUGCUGCUAGGACCCUAACGGACACAUCAGGCAUUCCAGUCUCUGACCACCACCUUCCCAUAUACUGAGUUUUUGUUCGUUGACCUCAUUUUUCUACUGUUGAGCAGGUCUUGUCUUGGAUGUAGUUCCUUGACUAGCCCAGAUUCCACAGCCCAUUAUAGCAUGCCUCGAAAUGAAUUCUCUCAGCACUCUCAAACCUUGGUUUCUUCUACGUUAUUUUCCUAGCAGAAAAUCCAACCUUGGGUGUAGAUAACUUCUGUCUUGCUUUAGCCUGACUGUAAUAAAGUCAUGACCAUUUCCUUUAAGAAAAUCAUGAAACCAACCAACCUGUUCUACUUCCAACACAUUAUUGCAUAUCCUAAAUUGGUGGUUUUCCUGUGGUCGUCUCAGUCCUGCACUGCUUCUAGACCUAGUGUUUCUAUGCAUGUGUCUCCCCAGAAUGUCUGCUUUGUUUUUAUAUUUCCCUGAGAAAUCAGAGUUGCAGACAGAGCUCCUCAGCUUCGGAACUGAUCUUCUAUUUUGUGACUGAAAGAAGCCCCUUCUCUCAGCGCUGUGGGUCUCACUCCCUCUUGCUUUUUGAAUAACUUCAAGUUCUCCUCUUUUUCUCUUCUGUACCAUCAUUCUCCCCCCAUCUCUUAAGUAGUCAGUUGCAGUAAAGGGUAUCACCAUUUAGCCAGUUUCUAUAGUCAGAAGUCUGGGGGCCAUCUUGGCUUCUUUUGUGACUAGUUUCUUACAAAGCAGUAUGCUUUUUUUUUUUUUUUUUUUUUUUUUUUUUUUUUUUUUUUUUUUUUUUUAGAAAGGAUCUCUACAUAGCCCAUAGCCCUGGUUGGCAUGGAACUCACUCUGUAGAACAGGUUAACUUUGAGUUUGUAGCGAUCUGUCUGCUUCUGCCUCCCAAGCCCUGGAAUUACAGGUGUGUACAAUCAUGCCUGACUUAGUAUUAUCUUUAAUUUACCUCCUUCCAAAUUCAGCGCCAUGACCAACAUUUUUUCUCACUUGACUUCCAUCAGCUAGUCAUGCCUGUUCUCUCAGGCACCACUCUUGACCUACUCUAGUAUCUUUUUUAUAACCUGGUAAUAGUGACCUUUCUCUCCCAUUAAAUGAAAUAAAUUAUUGCUGAUAGAGUAAAAUUGAAACCCCUUACCAUGGCUCACAAAGCCCUGCACCAUCUGACCCUUUUCCAGUUCUCUAACGGCCUCUGCUGUUACCCGCUUACUGUUUACCUUGUGUGUCAAUGCAACAUGCCAAGCAAGAUCUUUUCUGUACCUCAGGAGGUUGCUAAAUGCUACUAUUUCUAAGCUGCUUUUCACGGCCACCCUCUCUCUCCUCCAUCAUAGUAUCUCUUCUAGAUGGGUGCAGAGUUGUGAGAGAGGCCUGCCUGGAGUGCCAUGUUGAAGUAGUCGUGACCUCCCAAUCGUUGCCUCUCCCAGUUCUUGAGUUGUAAUCUUAUUCAUUGAGUCUGUCUUAUCCCCAUUUUAACACCUCAUUCUCUGUCCAUAGCAGGUUUGGUGCAUAGUAGGUGCACAGUAAAUGUCUGUUGAAGGAAUACAUGGUUACAUAUGCUGAUUUCUCUGUUGGGGAUUCACUUUCUAUUGACAUUGUAAAAGCUGUUUCUAUAUUAAAACCACUAAUCAUUUGUUUAUUCUGUUUGUUGCAGACAUUUCUGCCUCAACCCCAAUAUGUGCCAGUUUAAUUAAUGUUUAUGAUGUACAGAAAUACUCUAUUUUCACAACAAUAAAUACCCUCUAUGAAUCUGCACCCGGUGAUAUAUUUAAAAAGGUCUCCAUGUCAGUGUUAACGUGCGUAUUUGUUUCCUUUCAUUUUAAUGUUUUAGAUUUAAAUAUUUUCUCUAAAUGGAAUUUAUUUUUGGUAUAGAUGUGAUUAAGGGCCUAAGUAUUUAUUUAGUUGUUAUGUCAUCACUUACUGAAAAUUUUCUUUUUUUCUACUGUUUUGAAUAUUUCGCAUUUAUCAGAUAUUAAAUCUUACACCUAGAAUGGUUUCUGGAUUCAUUACGUGCUUGUUGUUCUUGACGCCUGUUAUUUGAACUGUUGUCAUGCCAUUGGCUGCUUUAUUGUCUGUUUACAAUGAAAUAAUACUGCUCUUACUUUUAGAAACAUGUUUUUGGCUUUUGGCUGGUUUUGCGUUUGCUCUCCUCAAUAAGCUUUAGUUCUGUUUUGGUAAAGUCCAAAAGGAAGUCUGCUGUUUUGUUUAGGGUUGCUUUAAGGUUAUGGCUGUUUGAGAAAUAGUUGUGAAGUGUGUACUCCUCCUCCUGAGGCACUUGCCAUGCAUCAGGGUCACCGAUGACACCCUGCGUAUCAUUCAGGUUUUCUUUUUUUUUUUUUUAAUGUGUUGCAAACUUAUUGGUCAUAUUUUACAUUUUGUUGCUAUUUGACUGUGACCAUUUUUCCAUUUCUAAGAGUUUUUAUAAAAGCUGUUCCUUGCAGGGUCACUUGAUUUUUUUCGUCUAAUAACUUUUCAGAACACUCAUUAAUCCCUAUCUUUUCUACAUAGCCAAUCACUUUAAGCAAAAUUCAUGCUAAUUUCUUGUUUCUUUUGCUGUGCUUAUACCUCAUCAAAUAUGUGACGAUAAUAGCUUUGCUCUGAUUCCUGACUUUUUAGGAAUGCCUACAUCAGUAUCCUAUCAGAUUUUAAUAUUAACUACGGAACUGAAAUACAGACCUUCAGGCAAAGGACAUGGUUUUCUGGUUCAAUUUUACCAAACAGUUUUGGAAUUCCAUGUUGAAUUACAUUAAACAUUCUAGACAUCUGGAGAUUUGUCAUAUAGUUUAUUUUGUUGUCUAUAACCAUAAUAUACAAUUCCUAAUAUCACAAAUUGUUAUUAUUAUUAUUAAAAGAUUUCCUAACACCGGGCUCUUUCUGCAUAAGAUACAGUCUGCAGUCAUGGUGGACUUGCCCCCAUUUUAAAGUAUAAUAAUGUUAAAUCCAACUCCUACAUUUUAAAUGGGGUUAUUACACCUAUAUUCAUGAAAAAGACUAGAUUGUAAUCUCAUAUUUUUAUAUUCUUUCUUAGCUUCAGAAGGGAGAAUCUCUCUAUUGUUUUUAUGAUAUAAAUUAGUGCUGUAGAAGCUGUCCCUUCCUCGAUGGGGUAGAGAAAACCCCCAUAACACUGUUUAUAAGAUAAAAGGUAAUCCUCUGAAAAAUUUGAAAACUUCUGUGGUUUUGUCCUAUAUAGGCAACCAUACUUCUUGAAUAGCAACUUUAAAAUUAUAUUUUUUAAAAAAAAGUCAUGCAUUUUCAUAGAAUUUAAAACUGUUAGAUUUCUGCAUAUAUUUAUCUUAUAAUUAAAAAUAUUUUUCUCUGUAUCUGUGAUUGUAGUGUUUUUCUUAUUUCUGAACUUUUUAGUUGUAUUUUUUUUAACUAGUCUUGCCAGUCUCUUUAAGAAAUCAAUACUUAAGUAUUUUUUUAAUCUCUAGUUUUUCUGUUCAUAUCAAUAUAAUUAUUUAUCUCUCCUUAUUUUUCAUGCCUAGUUGUUUUACAAAUGUUUCUUUGUAAUUGCUGACUUAGAUCAUCUUAAAAUUUCUUAUUUAAUAAUAGGACAUAAAACCAUAGCUUACCUCUGGGCACCACUUUGUUUUGUAGCCUCUUACUAUUAUAGUAGCUGUCUCUAUUUCAUUUUUAACUGUGUAAUUUACAAUAGUGUUUGGAGUCUUUUCCCCUGUUAAUCCUGCUUUCUUUAAUAAAAAGUAAGUUUAUUAAUAUUUAUGUUGCUAUUUUUAAUAAAGAGCCAAUUUUAUUUGUAAGAAGUAA